CAGCAGGAAGGGACGAAGUCGCAGAACUCCCGAGAAGGAGGGAGCUACUCCGCUUAGCCUGCUGAUUAACAAACCCUCGAAAUCACCUUCAAAACCACAGAGCAAACGUCAAUCUUCAGACAUUUUUCAUCUACUGGAAUACCUUUUUUUAUUGUUAAUAUAUUCUGUGUGAAGAAAGUAUUUAUACUUUUUGUUCGCUAUUUUGCACUAACUAACGGUACAACUUACCGAGAAGCUUUAUUUUUUACAAAACAAGAAACUUUCACAACGUGUGGAAUCAGACCUCCUCUGCAAGAACCGCACUUUGACCACCGAACAAGUUUUCGCUUCCCUCAGGCCGUUCUUAACCCCGCCUGUUGUCGCCAACCACGGCUUGAAAGCAAGCAAACCCAGCGGUCCCCCCUCGACAUCAGCAGUUAAGCUAUGCAGCUUGAAAUCCAAGUAGCUCUCAACUUCAUCAUCUCGUACCUGUACAAUAAGCUGCCCAGGCGGCGGGUCAACAUCUUCGGCGAGGAGCUGGAGCGGCAGCUGAAGCAGAAGUACGAGGGACACUGGUACCCGGAUAAGCCGUACAAGGGCUCGGGGUUCAGGUGCAUCCAUGUCGGGGAGAAGGUGGACCCCGUGGUGGAGAAGGCGGCCAAAGAGAGCGGACUGGACAUCGAUGACGUCCGCAACAACCUUCCGCAGGACCUCAGCGUGUGGAUUGACCCCUAUGAGGUGUCCUACCAAAUCGGGGAGAAAGGUCCGGUUAAAGUCUUGUACGUCGAUGACAGCAACGAUACGGCGGCGAGUAGCGGUGGGCUGGAUCUGGACAAGGAGAUCAAGAACAGUUUCAAUCCGGACGCGCAGGUCUUCAUGCCAAUCAACGAACCCAUGGGCGGUGCUUCUCCAGGCUCCAGUUCGCCCUCGCCCCCUUUCGGCCACUCGGCGGCGGUCAGCCCCACGUUCAUGCCGCGCUCCACUCAGCCUUUAACCUUCACCACCGCCACCUUCGCUGCCACAAAGUUUGGCUCCACUAAAAUGAAGAGCAGCGGCCGCAGCAACAACAACAAUAACAGCGGCGGCGCUGGUACCGGCGGCGCCAACAAGGUGGCACGUACCUCUCCCACCAACCUGGGCCUGAAUGUGAACAGUCUCCUGAAACAGAAAGCCAUCUCCACAUCCAUGCACUCGCUCUACGGUCUCGGUCUCGGAACACAGCAGCAGCAGGCGACGGCCAAACCAUCGGCUUUGUCUCCGAACGCCAAGGAGUUUGUGUUCCCAAACGCUCAGAGCGCACUCUUCCCAGGGGAGAGCUCGCUCGGUUUGGGCCCGCUUCAGUACAGCAACGCCUUCGAUGUCUUUGCGGCCUACGGCGGCCUUAACGACAAGUCCCUGAUGGAUGGCUUGAAUUUCAGCCUGAGCAACAUGCAGUAUUCUAACCAGCAAUUCCAGCCAGUCAUGGCCAACUAGCUACUAGCUUCACGCAGCAGCAACGACCAGAUAAUGUGACGCUAUGAUGGUGAUGGUGAUAGUGGUGGUGGUGGGAGUUCUCAACUUAUAAAUGCACAUUAAAAAAAAAAAAAAAAAAAAGAACAGAAUGUCAAGGAUGGAAGAAAAAGUGACAUCUUUAAGAAAUACGAGCCCGAGGGUGAACGACUUUUUGCCCCCUUGAGUUAUUAUAACUUUUCUUUCUUAAAAUGGUGACGCUUGUUGUACGAGAUGUCCAAGCUUGGUUACCCAAACUUCAUUAUUGUUAUUUCUUUUGCCAACCAAGCACAAAAAUAUUUUUUUAUGUUACUGUUUGAAAUAUAUAUAUAUAUAUAAAAACAAAACAAAACAAAAAAAAAACACCACCACAACUCAUGGCCUCUUUCAGUAUUUGGACAUAACUGGAUUUUGCCAAUUUUUUACCAGAAAUUGGCAUCGCUAAGUGGAAUUCUCUGGUCUUUUUUCUAAUUGUAUAAUUUAAUUUAGUACAGAGUUUGUAAAAUAUCAAGAGUAUCUAUUGUUUCUACGACACGGUAUUGCAUUUAUAUCUUUUUACUACUCCAGUGAUCUGUGAUGGCUGCAGCAACUUUAUGUUUUCUUUUUUAUUGAAAUGAGAAAAAUGAAUCCAGACUAUUCUAAAGAUUGUGUACAGAAUAUUCCGUAGUGGUGGGAAUUAAGAAUAUUUGCUUUUUUUUCGGGGGGGAAGGAGGCGAACAGAGUUGUAUUUUCUGUUAAGAGUUAAAAAAAAAAAGAUUUUUGCUAUAUUAUGGACAAAAUGUAAUCGUAUAUUAAUUUUGUACCUACAUUGUGCAAUACUUGAUAAAAACAAAACGGUAUAACAAAGUAUUCGGAGUCAGUGUCUUACAUGUUAACAGGGACUGAUAGUUUAUUAAGUUUGUAUUAAAAAGGCUUGAAAAUAAUG